AGAAACUGAGGUCCAAGAGAAGUUGAGUCCAUUGCCCCAGUGUACCUCCGGGAGCGGCCUGAGGAGGCAAGGCUGGGAAUGCCGGUCAGCUUGGAGGAGCAAAUACUCAACUCCACGUUCGAAGCUUGUGACCCUCAGAGGACAGGUGGUGGGGGCACGAGGGGUGCUGGGGACCAGUGCGGGCAGGAUGGGGUGGAGGCUGGGAACUGGGGAGCCUCAGAGAGAAGACUGGGCUAAGGCCCCCUCUUAGGGGUAUUGUAAGAACAAAGUGGGUGAUUAUGGGAAGCUUCAGGAAGAAGAAAGUGGAUAAUGGGGUGAAGGCCUUUUAGAAUGAGGAAAACUUGGGGGACAUCGAUGGAAGAGGGCAGAGUUUUGGGGUCGUGGGAUAGGGGAGGGAGGCAGCCACCAUGGUGGCGUGGGGCAUGGCUGGUGCUGUCCCUAUGUCCAUCCCCUUUGGUUUACCCUGUGAUGGGGGGAUGACUGGGCCCCAUUUCCAGGUGAAAAAGUGGACUCAGAGGAGGGGAAAGGGCUUGCCCAGUGUGUCUCCACUGGGCCAUGGAGCAGGAGUGCCACCAGCCUAGCCAGUGACAUCCUGGUCCGAAGCUGCUGCCAGUCCAUACCCACCACUCCCCACCUGCCCCAGACCCCCUCACUGCAUGCUCUGUCACAGGCACUGUGGCUGUGGCCCAGGUGCUGGCCUACCUGGAGGCUGUGACAGGCCAGGGCCCCCAGGAUGCACGCCUCCAAACACUGGCCAACAGCCUGGACCCCAAUGGGGAGGGCCCUAAGGCCACUGUGGACUUGGACACUUUCCUGGUUGUCAUGCGUGACUGGAUUGCUGCCUGUCAGCUACAUGGGGGAUUAGAGCUGGAAGAGGAGACCGCCUUCCAGAGAGCCCUGACCUCCCAGCAACUGCCAUCUGGAUGCCCAGAAGCUGAGGAGCCAGCCAACCUGGAGAGCUUCGGAGGCGAAGACCCCAGACCCGAGCUACAAGCCACAGCUGACCUGCUGAGCAGCCUGGAGGACCUGGAGCUCAGCAACCGACGUCUGGUUGGGGAGAAUGCCAAACUGCAGCGGAGCAUGGAGACAGCUGAGGAGGGGUCAGCACGCCUUGGGGAGGAGAUCUUGGCUCUGCGUAAGCAGCUUCACAGCACCCAGCAGGCCCUGCAGUUUGCCAAGGCCAUGGAUGAGGAGCUGGAGGACCUGAAGACUCUGGCCAGGAGCCUGGAGGAACAGAAUCGCAGCCUUCUGGCCCAAGCCCGGCAGGCGGAAAAGGAGCAGCAGCAUCUGGUGGCUGAGAUGGAGACUCUGCAGGAGGAGAACGGGAAGCUGCUUGCUGAGCGGGAUGGAGUGAAGAAGAGAAGUCAGGAGCUGGCCAUGGAGAAGGACACUUUGAAGCGGCAGCUCUUUGAGUGUGAACACCUCAUUUGCCAACGAGACACCAUCCUCUCUGAGCGCACUCGCCAUGUGGAGAGCCUGGCCCAGACCCUGGAAGAAUACAGAGUGACAACGCAGGAACUGAGGCUGGAGAUUUCACGCCUGGAGGAGCAGCUGAGUCAGACCUAUGAGGGGCCCGAUGAGCUACCUGAAGGGGCCCAGCUGAGAAGAGUGGGCUGGACCCAGCUGCUACCCCCAUCGCUGGGCUUGGAGAUCGAGGCCAUUCGACAGAAACAGGAAGUGGCAACUGCUGAUCUCUCCAACCCUCUGUGUGGGGUGUGGCAGUGGGAGGAAGUCAUCCAUGAGACCAGUGAGGAAACUGAGUUUCCAUCUGAAGUCCCAGCUGGGGGACAGAGAAACUUCCAGGGAGAGCCAGCGCACCCUGAAGAAGGAAGGAAGGAGCCAUCCAUGUGGUUGACCAGAAGAGAGGAAGAGGAGGAUGCAGAGAGCCAGGUCACGGCUGAUCUCCCUAUCCCUCUAGGAGACCCUCGCCCUGGAGACAUCCCAGAAAACCCUCCAGAGAGCAGACCUGCGCGGCGGGAACUCCAGCAAGCCCUGGUGCCUGUGAUGAAAGAGCUGGUCCCAGUCAGGAGGAGGGCCUGGGGCCAGCUCUGCCUGCCCCCACAGCGGCUCAGAGUCACUCGACAUCCACUGAUCCCAGCUCCUGUCCUGGGCCUGCUGCUGCUGCUGCUGCUCUCUGUCCUGCUGCUUGGCCUGGCCCCACCUCCCACCUGGCCCCACCUCCAGCUCUGCUACCUCCAGCCCCCUCCAGUGUGAGAGGCACUACUUGCCCCUCAGAGCAGUGUCUAGCUCAAUAAAUCCCCUGGCCCUCUCUCCACUGGGAUCUCCAUUGUUAGUCCACUGUUGCGCAGGCUUGCCCUAGAUAGAGUACAGGGGAUCCACAUCCCUGUAUUUUUAUGUGAAGUCUCCUAGUUUUUUAAUGUUGACAUUUCUUAACAAUAGCGGAACUCCCCCAGUAAUGGAUUAAGCACUAAGGAUUAUUCCCUCACAAAACAAGCCUGGCGAGGGCAGCUGUGGGCACACAGCUAAGUCUCGGUUGCCUUGGGGUCAGGGCCUCAGUGAUUCUCCUGUCCCCUCCCUCACGCUCAGGAGUUGGCAGUUGUAGCUUCCUACAUCACAUCUGCGGGAGACGGAAAUUUCUUCCUUCCUUUUUAUAAAGAGAGGCAGUAGCCUCAGUGUGCAGUGGGUAGAUUCAAAUCAUAUUCAUAAUAAAAGAGAAGCAGUUGCCUGCCCAGA